AUGGAUUCAAAACCGCUUUCCAAAGAUUCUAUGAGAUCAACAUGGCCGACAGCGCCUCGCAGUACGUGGAACUUUAACCACCAUCUGCUGGACACGCUGAACGUCCACCCCAUCGAUCUGAACAAGGAAGUGCCUGUCCAUGAAAAAAAUGAGAAACUCCCAUUCAUGCCGCAGUGGUCUCUUCAACGCUGGGUACUGUUCUACUCGGCCAUUCCCUUGGUCCUUCACGAGCUCUACAUGCGAUUCACCGGCAAGACCAUCGGUCCAAUCACGGCAUUCAACUUUUACUUCUUCGUCUUCAACGCGACAGUCAUCUACCAAGUUCAUGUUCUCCGUCGCCUAGGUCACAUCCAUGGCUUCCUAGAUGGCGACAAACACGAACGGGACGGUAUCCCUGACGUCGGCGUCGCCAAGGUCGUAACCUCACUUUACAAAACCACCGGCUCCCGACUUAUCCUCUCCAUCUUCCUUUCCUAUACCCAAACCUCCAGGCCCUCCCAGAUGUCCUGGCAGUGGCUACCUCUUGAAAUCGGGCUCUAUGGCAUCGUCCUCGACUUCUGGUUCUACUGGUAUCAUCGCCUCAUGCACGACGUGGGCUAUUUGUGGAAAUACCACCGCACCCACCAUCUGACCAAACACCCGAACCCAUUGUUGGCCGCGUACGCAGACCACGAGCAGGAAUUCUUUGAUAUGGUCGGCGUUCCAAUGAUGACAUACUUUAGUCUCAAGCUCAUGGGACUUCCUAUGGGGUUCUACGAGUGGUGGAUUUGUCACAACUACGUCGCCUUUGCGGAGGUCUUUGGACAUAGUGGAUUGCGAGUGCAUCUGACCGUGCCAUCGACUCUGAGUUGGCUUUUGCAGUUGCUGGAUGCGGAUAUCGUGAUUGAGGAUCAUGAUCUACACCACCGCAAGGGCUGGCGGAAGAGUCAUAACUAUGGCAAGCAAACGCGGUUGUGGGAUCGCAUCUUUGGCACUUGCACCGAGCGCAUAGAGUCUGUCCCUGAGAAUGUGGACUAUGAGAAUCCGGCGAAAAUGCCUUUGUUUUGA